CAGCAUAGGAGCGGAUAGGUUAAUUGUAACCUUGACAAAAUUACAUGAAUGUAUACGGUACCUUUAGUCAUUAACAUUUCAGUUUAUCAUUGUCCAUUCUUUGGUUCUACCAUGUACAAGAGAUUAGUGGUAGUGUUACAAUUCAUUAAUUUAUUUUGGACUACCAGUUGUGUGGACUUUGUGCCAGAAUACCUUCAGCAUCUGUCCCUACAAGUGCAGACACCAAAGGGGAUUAUACAAGGUCAAGUGAAAAGGACGAAAGACCGUGAUGUACAAUAUUUUACAUUUCAAGGCAUUCCCUAUGCUUUACCACCAACUGGAGAUCUUCGGUUCAAGGCUCCUGUGCCUUUCAAAGGCUGGGAAGGUGUGCUAGAUGGUACCAAAGAGAAUAUACCCUCAUGUAUCCAGAUUCUACCAACAAUGUUUGGUGGGACGCGUGAAUCAGAAGACUGCUUAUUUUUGAGUAUUUUCACUCCUAGUGAGAGUCUGAACUUCGAUAAGCCUCAAAUGUCAGUGAUGGUAUGGAUUCACGGUGGAGGAUUUCUGGUGGGCAACCCUGAUAUCGAAUAUUAUGGUCCCGAUUAUUUCAUGGAGCAUAACAUUGUUUUGGUACAGAUCAGCUACAGACUUUCAUCAUUUGGUUUCCUCAGUACGGAAGACAUGGAAUCGCCAGGAAAUUAUGGUCUGAAAGACCAACACGUAGCAUUCCGUUGGAUCAAAGAAAAUAUUGAAUACUUUGGAGGUGAUCCAGAUAAGGUAACCAUAUUUGGCGAAAGCGCUGGUGCAGCUUCAGUUCAAUAUCACAUGUUGAAUUUGGAAAAUCGAGGACUUUUCCACCGUGCGAUCUCUCAAAGUGGAAGCAGUCUUUGCAUGUGGUCGUAUCAAAGAAACCCAAGGAGCAUAGCUUUCGAUUUUGGGGCAGCCAUUGGAAUUAGGACAAGAAAUAGUAAAGAACUUAUGGAAAAAUUGAGAAGAGUACCUGUGGAGGUUCUAAAAGCUGCCACAACUGCCACUAUGGUUCUGCAUUCUCUAAGUUUCAUAAAUGGAAUGGUAUUUGGACCAUCUAUUGAACCAUGGCACGACCACGCUUUUUUGACCAACAAGACCCAUCAGCUUCUACUGGAGGGAAAAUUCAUAAAAGUACCUCACAUAGUUGGAUUUAAUUCAGAAGAGACUUCUAUGGCUAAACAAGGUCUUUCUAUAGCUAAUCCUCUUUUACAAGUCAUCAACUUUGAUCGUAGUGUCAUGGUUCCGGCAGACAUGAAUGCAGGUGAUAAUACAGAAGAAUGCGGUAAAGAAAUAUGGAAGUUCUAUACGUCAAACCAUAAACCUAGAUCUGAACAAUACAUAGAUUUUGUAAACGACGGAUAUUUCUUCAGACCAAUAAUUGAAAGCGCCAGACUCAUCGGCAAAGAAACGCCGACGUAUUUGUACAUGUUCGCCUAUGAAGGUCUUAUCGGAAGAAAUGCUAUGGGUUGCAGAGAUGUCAGUGAUUACAAAGGUGUGUCUCAUGCUGAAGAAAUGACCUACAUAUUCUCCAGAAAUGACCUCCCUACACCUACGUUAGCUGAUAAUACAACCAUAGCUAGAAUGUUGAAAAUGUGGACGAAUUUCGCCAAAACUGGAAAUCCUACACCGGAGUCAGAUCCUCUUCUAGAAGACAUUCGAUGGCCGUCGGUUGACGAUAAUUUGAACUACUUGGAGAUAAAUAAGAACUUGAUACCACAGAGUCACAUUAAAGAAGAUAUGGUGCAUUUUUGGAGGGACGCUUAUUACAAGUAUGGACAUCCACCAUUCGAUACAUACUAAGGAGGGAAAGAAAUUUCAACUGUGAAUAGAAAAAAAUAUUUCGAAGAACCAGUGACGCGUCUUUACGCUGAUGAUUAUGUUCAAAUUGUGAUAUAUUUUGUCCUUCAAAUACAGUUUUAUAUAGUUGUGAACAUGGUGAUCAAUUCC